AUGGUAACCAUUCAAGCUUCUUACAAUGUGACUCCAAAUGAAGUAACCCCAAAUGGUCAUUUAUGGCUCUCAGAUAUAGAUCAAACUGUGCGUUUCAACCUCCACACACCACUGAUCUAUAUCUACAAACAAAACCAGAACCAAAAUAACAAAAUCAUAGAAACCUUAAAGAACUCACUCAGCAAAAUCCUAGUUCACUACUAUCCUGUAGCUGGUCGAUAUUCUUACACAAAAGGCGAAGCUGAAAGCUCAAAAAGUAUUCAUGAUUAUGGUGACUUUGCACCUUCUGACUCCACCAAAGAGCUUAUUCCAAAAGUUGAUUACAACAAACCAAUUGAAGAAAUGCCAUUGUUUGUUGUUCAACUCACAAGAUUUCGAAACAAUGAUGAAAGCUUUGCAAUUGGAAUUGCUUAUUCUCAUCUUUUAUCAGAUGGUGUUGGUUGUAUUGACUUUAUCAACUCAUGGGCCAAAAUUGUCCAAAAACAGGGUAUAACAACAAUACUCAAAUUCUCACACACCCCAAUUGAACCACGUUUUGAACACAUGGAGUUGAAGCCACUACCAUUCAUUAUAGGAAGAUCUGACGACAAUGCUGAAAGAAAGAAGAAAACAACAGCUGAAUUGUUGAAACUCACAAAAGAAGAAGUUGAAAGGCUAAAGAAAAAGGCUAAUGAAUGUGAUAUUCCAAAAGGAUCAAGAUGUUAUAGUAGAUUUGAAGCUAUUAGUGCACAUAUAUGGAAAAGCGCUUCUAAGGCACGUAAGCUUGAAGAGAAUCAACAAAGUGUUGUUAGGUUCAAUGUUGAAAUCAGAAAUAGAAUAAUUCCAAAUCUUCCUAGGAAUUAUUAUGGAAAUGCUUUGAUUCAAACUUCAACAAGAGGGUUUAUUGGAGAAAUUACAUCAAAGCCAUUGAGUUAUGUUGCACAAAAGAUAAGGGAAGCAAAUGAGUUGAUAACAAAUGAGUAUAUAAGGUCACAAAUUGAUGUUAUUAGGGGUUUUGAGAAUUUGGAUGAUGCAAGGAAAUUAUUUUUGGUUGGAGGUAGGGAUGUUACAUUUUCUGGGAAUCCUAAUCUUCAUAUAACAAGUUGGAUGACUUUGCCUUCAUAUAAAGCUGAUUUUGGGUGGGGAAAGCCUAUGCAUUUUGGUAUAGGAUAUGUGUCUCCAAAUGAUAGAGGAUUGAUUCUUUUGAGUCCCGAUGAGGAUGGUUCUGCUAUUGUUUGUAUGCAUUUUCAGGUUGAACUUAUGCAGCUUUUCAAGAAGUUCUUCUAUGAGGAUAUAUAUGAGUUGUUCACAUCAGCAAGAUUGUGAUGAAGAAGAUUUGUUUGCAAGCUAUGAAUC